UAUUGUGUAUUGGUGGUUAACUGCCCAUGUAAACAUAUCGUCCGCUCCCGGGUUGAAGUCUUGGAAUGAUCCAUUCAGAUCAUUGCUGAUUUGAUUACAAAGAAAUUUUUCUUUUGGUGCUGUCUGGGCUGUAUCUUUGAGCACCUGGCAUUGGUGUUGCUAAGAACUAUGAAUUGUUGGUCUGUUACAAUGAGGUUAGGAGCGUGGAGUAUACUGCGGAACACGCGACACUAUUCGAAUAAAUUUUCAAGAAAUCCUGUGCAAGUGAUUACAAAUGAGGAACUGUUGCGAAAGCGGAGUCGGUUUCGGCCUGUUGUCGAAGUCCCCCCAGUGGAUCGACUUCCUUCAAAGAUCUCAGAUGCAAGUGGAGACCCGGCUACGCUAGAAGGCAAACCGUCUCGCCUCCCUCCAGGGUUUCCACCGUAUGAUACGAAAGGAGAAGAUGACACAGACCUGAGUCGAUUUGCUCUGGCCACUUCAAAUGCUAAAAGCAGGCUGAAAUCUGGAUUGAUUAUGUUAGAAGGAACGCGGCUCAUCCAAGAGGGUCUGCGUGCAAACCUCAAACCGAAAGCUGUGUUCUUUAGUCGAGUAGAAAAUGUCACAAAGUUGCAAUUACCACCACGAAAAUUUGCAUUUCAGAAAGUGACUUAUGAAAAGAUAAGAAGAUGGUCCAAACUUACCAAUCCGCCUGGCGUUGUAGGAUUUUUUGAAAAGCCUGACACCAGUGCCCAAUUACCAGCCAACGUUUUUCCAUUUUCAAUAAUUUGUGACAAUAUUCGUGAUCCGGGGAAUCUUGGCAGUAUUUUGAGAGUUGCAGCUAGUGCUGGAUGCAGGUCACUUUUUCUUACCAAGGGUUGUGUUGAUUUGUGGAAUGAAAAAGUUCUCAGGUCAGCCAUGGGGUCUCACUUUCAUCUAAAUAUCUUAGAAAAUCUUGAGUGGAACCAUAUAGAAGCUGUCUUAGAACCUAAUUCGUAUUUGAUGUUCGCGGAUAAUUCAGACGCAGACCAUGAGGGUGUGAAAGAAACAGUACGAAAUGAUGUAUCUCAUGAAUCGAUUCAGCAACAUCUGGAAGAUUUAGAAUCUGACCAACAUGAAAUUAAUUCAUCUGAUUCAAAUAUAGAAACAACAGUUGAGAAAUUGCCUGUUUUCUCUUACUACUUAAUCAAUUAUCCAGCUAUGAGCAGCAUCUUCCUAGUGCUUGGUGGUGAAACCGGAUUGUCACCCGAUGCUCUGAAUUUAGGAAAGUCCCACAACAGAUGUCGUGUAAACAUACCUAUGCUUAACCAUGUGGAGAGCCUAAAUGUGAGCUCAGCCUUAUCAAUUUUGACUCAUGAGAUGAAACGUCAGUUUGAGUUGGCCCAACACAAGGAUGAGAUGGAUUCAGUAAAAAUUCCUACCAUUUAGUUGAAUUAAGUCCUUUCAAUACUUGAAGUCACUGUUAAAGAUGAAAAGUAUUUUAUAUCUUCAUUAUUAUUCUGUAUUUUCUUCUUUUAAUUUGAAUAUACCAAAAUUCCUCAUCAAAGUAAAGAAACUAAGGUGCUUUGA